AUGUAUCCCAGCAAUGAGUUCCCGACCAGCAAACGAGAACGUGAAUUGUCCGAGGACGAGACUGCCCAGAGCGACAUCGAUGCGGAUGAGCAGCGCACCCCUCCAGCCAAACGUUCCCGCCACAACAUAGACUAUAGAGACGAUGAUACCGUGGUCACUAUCCACCAGGUGUACUGUGGCCGAGGGCGUGGCCGCCAGGCCGAUCACACGAGCCACGCCCCGAAUGUUCUGUAUCUCGAUCAUCCGAGGCUCUUCUACGGCGAUGAUAAGGCAAGCCAGCUUCGUGGUACGAAGCGCCUAUCAGACGACAGCGAGCUCGCUGCAUCAGCAGGUAUCGUCAUCUAUCAAUCGUAUGCUUGCGACGCGUACCUUCGCCAUUUCGAUACCUUCUUCGAGCCAAUUGAAUUGCCGCAUCUGCAAGAGACAUUUCUCCGUGCGAAUCAAGCACGCUUCUUUCGAUUCAAACGGGAGGGCCCAGCCGCACUGCCUCAGUCAAUCCGGCUGGAUCUGCAAUCCACACAGCUAGUUAGUGAGAUAUCAGCCAUUCUUUCCCAUUCGGACAUCCUCAGUGGGUGGCAAGAAGAAAGGAGCUUGAGCUUUCCCUUUCCAUUUUUCUUCCACCACGCUGCUGAGGUCCAGGCGGCAGUCGACUUGUCCGGCGGUCCAGGGUUGCAAAAGUAUGUUGCGCUGCUUCUGCAUUGCAUUGCAGACCUGGGAAGGCAAGAUCAUGCAGAGGCUGAGCAGCUUUUCUCACGUGGACUUGUUGAUCGCGCUCAUUUCAGCAAGCUCUUUCGCGCAGGCGAGCUCGUCGUCACACGUAAGGACAGGGUUCUGGUUGCGCACAGGCUCGACAGAAUCCGCGAGGCGCAAGAUGGCAUUAGUCUCGAAUGUUGGUCGUAUGAUUUCAAUGGUUCCUUCAAGAUGCGCCAGACCACGCUUUACGUGCGCCGACCCUCUGAGAAAGAGGCCAUCAGCAUCAACAGUCUGGAAGCAUUUCCACUUCGUCUCGAUCUUUCAGGUAUCAGACAAGACCUCCUAUCCCGAGGCUGCAAGUUCUGGGAAUGCCGUGCCAGAAAAUAUAUCCACUACACAGCACCUCGGAUGCCCUUUGAGUCCCAGACAGCACAACCUCGAUACAUGAUAGAUUACGACAUGUAUCGCGUACUCCAUCAGCCUGAAGGACAACAAGUUAUCGAGCUUCAAAGAAGAGAUGACGCUGGAGCGAUCCCUUCAGAGAGCCUGGAGCAGCUAGAAGGGCCCAAUCGAGAUGAGAUGCUGAUGUUGUUGCCUGCUUAUGUACAAGGCUUCGGAUUCUUGGACAAGAAGUGGCGCACUUUGCAAGUGGACUACAUCGACGACCUACAGUGGAACGUUGCAGCCUUUGACCAACUGGUUCUCGAUAAGCGCAAAAAGGAUCUCGUCAAGGCCCUUGUCUCUGUCCACUUGACGACCAGGAGAGGCGUCGACAUCAUCGAAGGCAAGGGCAAUGGUCUCAUCAUUCUGUUGCACGGAGGUCCCGGAACCGGCAAGACGUUGACGGCAGAGAGUGUGGCCGAGCUGGCGCAGAAGCCACUAUAUCGAGUCACCUGCGGGGACAUGGGCAUCGAUCCAGAAGGUGUCGAGAAAUACCUGGACUCUGUCUUGCACAUCGGCACAGUCUGGGGAUGUGUCGUCCUCCUCGAUGAAGCCGACAUCUUUCUCGAACGGCGGACUACCGAAGACAUCAAGCGCAAUGCUCUCGUAUCGGUGUUUCUCCGCGUACUCGAGUACUACGACGGCAUCCUGAUCCUGACGACCAAUCGCAUCGGGCUUUUCGACGAAGCUUUCAAGAGCCGCAUCCAGCUGGCCGUCCAUUAUCCUGCCCUGGACAAAGGUGGCCGUGCCCAAGUCUGGUUGAGUGCUUUACGCGCCAUCCCCACGGGGCAAGUCGGCUUCGAUUUCGACGCGCUCAAGUUUCACGUGGACAAGCUUUCCGGAUACCCUCUCAACGGUCGCCAGAUCCGGAGCACGGUCCACUGCGCCAUGCAGCUGGCCAUCUUCAACAACGAGCGGCUGGAUAUCAGCCACUUCGAUUCCGUUAUCGGCAUCACUAUGGAGUUUGAGAAGUAUGUCACGGAUGUUCGGGGCGAAGACGAUGACGCAGCUGCUAGGACGGAGGGACUGAGACGGUGA